ACAAAACGAAGCACAUCAAUAUUGUACGAUCAAGGCAACAAACUCUCUCGAAACUUGAUGAAACACAGUAACUUGGUGACAUGUUAAUUCAUAACUUGGCCUAGAUGGGACUUUAUCAGAUUCUUAUUUGCCUACUUCUACUUAUUACAUUCAUUACGCCUUAUGUUUUGGUAAGCGGAGGAGAGUGUUCUGCAAAGGAUAAUGAGAGAGCAGAGGAUGAACGUGAUAAGCUUGCAAAAGAAGCCAUAGAGAUACUGCAUCGAAAGAUAGACGACGAUGAAAACGGGGAUUUGGACUUGUAUGAAAGCGAUGAGUUUCUCCGUGAGGAGCUUGAGUAUGGAGGAGAUUUUGAGCGUCAUGAAUCAUUAUUUAAAAAGGAUCAGCUGAUCAACAAAGAAGACCUCUGGAACACGUGGAGUGCAUCCCAAGUUUGUAACUGGACUACAGGUCAAAUGGUUGGCUGGCUCGUAGAUCAUCUUGACCUCAAGCAAUAUGUUAACACAUUUGAGGUCAAUGCAGUAGAUGGUAAAAUGCUACCUAGACUUGCUGUCAACCAUGCACAAAUUAUACAAAAAGUAUUGGGAAUUUCAAAUCCAGUGCACCGGCAUAAGAUCUCCAUCAAUGCAAUGGAUGUAGUACUGUUCGGCCCGCCCAAACAGCAUAAUAGUUACAUAAAAGACUGGACACUAGUAAUCUCAGUGGUUCUUGCUGUUGGUGGGUGUUGGUUUGCAUAUGUACAGCAUCGCUACUCUCAAUACCAUGCUCAGCAAAUGAUGAAAGAACUUGAAAGUCUUCAAAAGGCAGAGGAUUCCUUGAGAGAGUACCAGGAAAGGCUGGAGCGUGAAAAGAAAGAGCAUCAGAUGACUCUGCAGGAGAAAAGUAAAAUUGAAGCUGAAUUAAACGCGAAGGCCAAGGAAGUAAAAGAAAAAGAAUUUACCGAUGGGGAUUCUUCAUCAGAAUUACAGGAAAAAUUGCUGAAGGCUAGAGCUGACUUUGAAGAGAUGAGCCAAGGUUUUUUCAAGCCGUCGGCAGCAUUACAACAAUGGCUUCAAUUAACAUAUGAGGUUGAAGUACGAUACUACAACACUAAGAGAACUGCAGCUGAAAGGCAGUUGAUGACAGCAAAGGAAGUGUGUGAAAAAAUACGAAAAAAAAGAAGUACGUUUUUGGGAUCAUUUAGGAUAGCACAUAGUGGUACACUUGAUGAUAUUGAUCAAAGAAUAGUUAGUGCAAGAUCAUCUUUGCAUGAAGUAACCUCUGACCUGAAGGAGCGUCUUCAUCGGUGGUCACAAAUUGAGCAGUUAUGCAACUUUAGUAUUACAAACAAUAAUGGAUAUAAUGCCUUGCGUUUAAUGUUAUUUGGCUUAGAAGAUUCAGUAAAGGUAGCUGAGUCUACAUUAUCUAUGGGAAUUGAGGAAGGAGAUGAAGAUGUUCCACCAAAUUACCUCUCAGUUACAGCAGGUGGUACAAUGACGCCAAGCAGCAGCAGUUCCCAACUGCUCAAGUUAGACAAUACCCUGAGUGGGAGCUUACCAAACGUGUCUCGUAAGCCAGUGUUAGCCUCACCAAGCGAGGAUGUCACAUUCACAUUAGGGGACGAAAGUGAUCAGACAGGAGGAAGUGUUUCCUUACCUUCAUCAAUAUCAAUGAACUUAGGCCAGCAAAGAUCUACAACAACAUCGGUUCUUAACUCUAAUACAUCCAACUCACGACCCAAGUCGCUGCCGAUAUCGCAUUCUGAUGGCUCUUUAAGGGAAUUAAGCAAUAGUAAUGGAACAUCAGGGAAAAAAGGUAGAAAAGAUGCUUACAAGAAAGCAAGCAGGGGAAUUUUAAACGAAGAAGACACAAUGUCGAUUGACGGAUCUGAAACAGAGGGUGAAGUAAAAAAGAAACGAAAAAUUAGAAUUCCAGUUUUACAUAAAGUAGAAAAAUUAAAAACCUGCUAAAACCACCUAUUCUUCAUGUUAAAGCAUCGUACGACAAUUAUAUGACAAAUCCAAAUCCGCUGCCUGCGAGCACUAGACCACGCGAUGACGCCUGCUGAUUGUCAGUGGCAGUCAGAUUGGAUCGUUAAAAAACGAUCCAUUGCGUACGCGUUGUGGCGUUAGGUUCAAUAUAGAAUAGCGUCAGCCAGAUGACUGUCUGCCUAGUGGAUGCCUUUCAUAACACACAACAAAUGCAACUUAAAAUAUGUGGCCUCACUCUUCAUAUUUGUAAUAUUAGAAAUGUAUCAAUUAAUUUUGAUGAGUGAUUAGUGUCUAUUCCUUCUAUCUUUUUUUUUUUCUUACAGAGAACCAAUUUGAUUGUGUAAUAUUUUCUAAUAAUUAGGAAAUGUAUCUGUCCAUUUUAAUUGCUGUAUUUUCUCAUGUACAAUGCAUGGGAUACUACAAUACUAAUUUUCAUAUGCAUUUUAACGUAAUCUAGAAGCCAAGUGUUUUGAAAUUUUAAAUUUAUUGAAAAAUUGUUUUGAAACACCUUGAGUUUUUUGUUUUGUUUUAUAACUUUUAAUUCGCUAAAUAUUCCAUAAAUAUAUCAAUUCCAAGUUGUUUAAAUUUAUCCAAUAGGAAGGCCCUAUAUUGAUUUUUAUCCUGUUUUUUAGCUUUUCUGUAAGACAAAAUUGUGGGGUGUUUUUUUUUUUUUUUUGAGGA